UAAAAGUCGAGGGUCUGGUGGAGCUGACACCACAACACAACAAAUGCUGCAGCAGCUGACACAGCUGACACCUCCACAUCACUCUCACCUCUGUAAUGCUAGACUUCUUCGCUGUCAUAACCAAGGGUGGGCUGGUGCUCUGGUAUUUCCAGGAUGCCGUCCAGCAACUCAAAACUUCCAUUGACGCCAUUAAUGCUCUCAUCAGGAAUGUUGUGUUGCAGGAACGAGGAGGAGCUGGAUUAUAUAUUCAUGGGAACUUAGCACUUAAGCAACAAUUAGACAACGAGUUUGACUUACUGUUUGUGGCAGUUUAUCAAAAUAUAUUACAGUUGUCUUAUGUCGACAAAUUCCUUUCUGAUGUUCAACGAGAAUUUCGUGAACGCUACAGAGAACAGCUUCGGCAGGGCCUCUAUUAUCAGAGCUUUGACUUUGCACAAGAUUAUGACCGACUGCUUCGAAUUGCCGAGAUGGAGUCGAGGAUGGUUAAGGAGGAACCAAAGAAGCCUCGAACCUUCCAGGAGUCUAAUAAGUCCAUGAAGACUGUCAACUCUAUGAUUAAACAUCGAGGAGGAGAACAGCCAAAGAAGCCUGCCAAGAAGAAGGAUGGUAAAGGCAAGAAGAAAGACAAUGAGUGCAAUAACAAUAGUAAGGGGAGUCGAGUAGAAGAGAUUGAAGAGGAAGAAGAGGAAGAGGAGGAGGAAGAGGAAAUUGUUAAUGUCCCUAAUAGUAAUGAUGUAGAGGAGAUUGAGAAUGCUUGUGGUACUGAAGAAAAUUCUAAUAAAUUGGAUGAAGAGACAAUGAGGAAAAAUCGUGAGAAAUUGUUCACCAAACGAGGGACUCCCAAGACUUCCAAGCUGGAUAAGACCAAAAGUCCCAAGCCUAAAGGUGGCAAGAAGGGAAAAGAGGCAACAAUAUGGGACUUAGAUGGUCGAGAUUCUAAAAGCCUCGACUAUUCAUCAAAGAGUGCUGGUGGCGACUGUGUUAAGUCUUCCCUUCGACCAGAUUUUCUACCUGAUCAGUCGCAGAUUGGAACACUUGCUGGGAAUCUCAGGGGUAUGGAUAUUCCAGUAGAAAAGGAAAGUACAGAAAAAAAAUCUGGUGGAAUGUUUUCUAUGUUCCGUGGGUUAGUGGGAGGCAAGACCUUGACAGAAGCUGAUGUGGAACCUGUCCUUGAAAAGCUGAAGGACCAUCUUAUUGGCAAGAAUGUAGCUGCUGAAAUAGCAAAUAAAUUGUGCCAAUCAAUUGGGAAAAAACUUGAGGGAAAAAUUAUUGGAACAUUCGAGGGGGUGUCGAGCACUGUGCGAUCCACUCUUACAGAGGCUCUGGUUCAACUGCUUACACCUAAACGCCGUUUGGACAUUCUUCGUGAUGUAGUGGAAGCCAAAUCAUCUGGCCGGCCAUAUACCAUAGCAUUUUGUGGUGUAAAUGGUGUUGGGAAGUCAACUAAUUUGGCCAAGAUUACUUUCUGGCUUAUUGAAAAUAAUUUUCGUGUGCUGAUAGCUGCCUGCGACACUUUCCGAGCAGGAGCUGUUGAGCAGUUACGCACCCACAUGCACCAUUUAAAUGCUCUUCAUCCACCAGAAAAACAUGGAGGAUCUACAAUGGUACAGCUGUUUGAACAGGGAUAUGGUAAAGAUGCUGCUGAAAUUGCUCGACAUGCCAUUGAAUAUUCACGUAAGAACAACUUUGAUGUAGUGCUCAUUGACACUGCUGGUCGUAUGCAAGAUAAUGAGCCCCUCAUGAGGGCACUUGCUAAGCUGAUCAUGGUGAAUGAGCCAGACUUGACUCUCUUCGUGGGCGAAGCUCUUGUUGGCAACGAGGCUGUGGAUCAGCUGGUAAAAUUCAACCGUGCUUUAGCUAACCAGUCCGCUGCCCAGUCACAUCAGGUCAUUGAUGGCAUUCUUUUGACCAAGUUUGACACCAUUGAUGAUAAGGUUGGAGCUGCCAUCUCAAUGACCUACAUCACUGGGCAACCAAUUGUGUUUGUCGGUACAGGCCAGACUUACACAGAUCUCCGCAAAUUGGAUGCUAAAGCAGUGGUCCAUGCACUCAUGAAGUGAGCUUCAAGGUAUUACAGGCUGUGAGGGGUUGGAAUUUAGUGGGUGGGAUAUUUAGAGUUAGUGCUUCAUUAUUUCUUUGGGUAUUCCAUGAUUCAUGAUAAUGCUAAAGGUAUCUACAUAUUGGUUUUGGAGUAUCAAUAGAUAAUACUUGUAUAUUAAACCUUAAAGAUUGUUUGACUGUUCCACUUUGUAAGAAUAUAUAGCUUUUCAUACUUUAUGUAAAGUAGUCCAGAACAAUUUCAUAAUUGAAGCCUCGUGUAUUGGUCUUGCACAAGUGAUAUGGACAAAUGCAUUUAUUAUGGACAAACAAAUGGUGCACCAAAAGUAUAAAAUGAGUGCCAUAUGUAACAAAACAGAUUUUAUUUUCCAACAUACUGGAUUAGAAAGUGGGUAGUAAUUCAUGAAUAAACUUGAAAUAUAUCCCUUGAAAUAACGUUAAGUUAUUAAUGAGAAGAUGCUUCGUACAGUGUAGGGUAAUAGUUUGAUUUAUGCAAUUUCAUACCUCGUAAAUUUCUGUUUAGCACAUUCAUCAUGAACUAAAUUGAUCUUAAAACUAUAAUUUAGUUUUAUUACAAAAAAAAAUCAUCUUUCACACAUGCAUAAAUGAUUACAGAGAACUGGGUUAAUUCAAAAUAAUCAGCCUUUUCAAGGGAAGAAAAAAAACAAGCAGUAGAAAAUUACAACCACAUGGAUAGCCAGAAACACUUUUAAAUAUAGUAUAAGUGGUAAAUGAGGGAUGCCCGAGGUUCAAAAUUCAAUAUAACAGGCAUUUUGAUCAGUUCAAAAGUUUAGUGGACCAGGAAAUGGAACACACUUUCCCUUAGCUUCCCUGAAAAAUUAAUUUGGUAAUUACAGUGUGUGUUUUUCUGUGAUGUAUAUUGUUACUAAUAUUCAGACAUUUUUGUAAAAAGGUUAUUUCUGAGAGCAUAUUUUUUUAGAUUAGUGAUAUAUUAUUCAUUUGGAAGCACUCGACCCAUUAUUAAUCAAAGCUCUGCUAUUGUCUGAUAUUUUGUUCUACUUUUAAAUUAGAAUUAUUACAGUAUUCUUAAGGAAGUGUUAACCCCACAGGGCUCAUACAGUGCCUGAGUAAUGGGAGGCAAUGAAGUUUAAUCCAAGGAAAAGGAGGGUAGCUUGAAUUUCAUGGAUCAAGGGUAUAUCAUCAAAGAAUUCCCUUUAAAGGUUUUUAACUGACAGUUUUGUAUUGACUAGAUUAUAAAUUAGGUGGUCAACGCCUUGGCGUCUUUGUGUGGCAUAUCAGUCAAAAAAAAAAAAAAAAAAUGUAUCUUCAUUAAAUUUAAUACAAGAAUUUUUAUAAGCGGACUUGAUCUUAGGGAAAAAUGAGAGUAGAAAUACUAUAUGCAAUUAUCAAAAUUUAGGUAAAGUACAGUGGUACCCCAAGUUUCGUACUGCUCCCAACUCGAACAAUUAUAUAAGUGUAAGUAUAUUUUUGGGGGUCUGAAACAGACUUAAUCUAAUUUACAUUAUUCCUUGUGGGAAUAAAUUCGUUCAGUGACGGCACUCGUACAGCCUUCUGGAAUGAGUUAUGUACAAAACUCUGGGUACUACUGUACUUGGACAUUUAACACUGAAAAUUAAUUGAUCAUUGCAGCAUUUGUCAUUUUAUUUAGGUGCCACUUUUGAGUACAUAAUGACUUGUCCUAUCCUUUAAAUGGCUAUAAAAUUGAAUGCAACAUCAUUAAGGCUUAGUCAGAGCAAAUGUUCUUGGUAAGAUGGAGUUUUGGAAGCGUUUUUUUUUAUGGCUUCUUUCAUAGGUGUGAGCAGGCAGGAUGCCCCUGGGUAACAAUUUCACAUUUGGCAUGUACCAUAGUUGACAAUAACUGAUGGCGCAGUUGUUUCAGCUGAGCAAAAGUGCUUCUUAUUACAGGUAUAAAAUUGUGUGUGUGUAGUUGCUGUGUAAUUUUAUGCAGAUAAACACAGUUAAAUAUGCAGAAGCUUUACACUGCUUGGUAUUUUGUGAGCAAGAGUUUGUACUACUGUACUAUAAAGAACAAAGUUUGCAUAUAAGUAUGACUUUAACGUGCUUGCAGGUGAAACAAGGGUUGGAAAUGGUGAAAGCAUUAUUUACUGAUUUCUUUUAUAAUGGCUUUGUUUUUAAGGUACUCUAUACAAGACUUAAGAAAUCGUAAUGACACGAUUGCAAACAAACCAUACCCCCGGCCGGGAUUGAACCAGCGGUCAUAGAGUAUGGUUUGUUUGCAAUCGCGUCAUUACGAUUUCUUAAGUCAUGUUGACGGCAGUGAAGGGACUUGAGCCAGAGUUCGUCACGGCCACGCUAGCUGGAGAUUCGUCUGUAAAAACUUGCAUUUGUGGUCACAGAGGUGCCUGUGCUAACCUUCCUAUGGUGUAGAAAUAUACCUAGUUGGAGGAAUCUUAUUGUGGCUAGCUGGUCUAGUGGCUAACGCGACGGGCUGGAGUUUUGAGACUCUAUGACCGCGGGUUCAAUCCCGGCCGGGGGUAUGGUUUACUCUAUACAAAUUUGAAAAUAAUUUUGUGAAACAUGACACACAAGUGAGUAGUUUACCUUAAGCCAAAACACUUGUAAAUGGGUUUAUAUUUAGUAUCAUAUAUCAGUACUUUCUAUCAUAGCAUACAGUAUUUGCUUUCAACUCCUCUGUCUUGACAGCCCUCAUCCAAAGUCCCACUUUUGAUACUGAUUUAAUGCAAAAGUUAAUCUCUUCCACCCACUCUGAUAAUUUUACACCUUCAUUAACCCUCAACACCCAACUUAAACCACCUUAGCACUGUAUGACCCAUGCAAAUUUGGUGGCUAAUUUCAAGUAUGAUAAUUUAGUACAGUAUCUUACUAAUUAUACAAUGUAAAAGAUCAUGGUGAAAGUGUUUAAUGUUGAACCUGUACUAAUAUGGCAGUGGUAUCAAUGUUGCUAAUAUGUACACUAUACUGUACUUGUAAAAUCAAAAUUAUUUUUAAACUUUUUGGUUGUAACAUGGUAGGCUGAUUUUAUAUUACUCGGAAAGUUGUGCAUUUUCCUGAUUGCUGGAUGUUCCUAUUGAAAUUACUAUUUGAAAACCAAUAA